GUCGGUGCCAACUUCCUUGACUGUAUCCGCCCACUGUCACUCCUGAUAUCCGGGAUUCUCCGGGCGCAGCUCAGAUCACCUGCAGCCAGGGAGCGCACCAGCGGCAGCGCGCUUUUCCUUACUUGCAGAAAAAAAUAGAGGAGAAAAAUCAGCUUUGUCUAAAAAAAAAAAAAAAAAAAACAAACGAAAAAAACUCCAUCCUUAGAUUUGCAAGUAUUUUUUUUAAUUUUUUAAUUUUUUAGAUUUUUCUGUCUAAUCAUGCAGGAUAAAGGCGCAUUUUUCAGCCCCUUUUGCAGACCGCGGUGUCUGGCGGCAGCCGCUCCGGCUGGAAGAGCGAAACUAACUCAUCCUGGAAAAGCAAUUCUGGCAGGUGGAAUUGCCGGUGGCAUAGAGAUCUGCAUCACUUUCCCCACAGAGUACGUGAAAACGCAGCUACAGCUGGACGAGAAGGCCAACCCACCGAAAUACAGAGGAAUAGGUGAUUGUGUGAAGCAGACGGUGCAGAGUCACGGUGUUAAAGGACUUUACAGAGGACUCAGCUCACUGCUGUAUGGAUCCAUACCCAAAUCUGCAGUCAGGUUCGGCAUGUUUGAGUUCCUCAGUAACCAGGCGAAGGAUGAGAACGGCCGACUGGACAGCACCCGCGGCCUGCUCUGCGGGCUCGGUGCGGGCGUCAUGGAGGCCGUGCUGGUGGUCUGUCCCAUGGAAACCGUUAAGGUUAAAUUCAUUCAUGACCAGACGUCGGCCAAACCCCAGUACAAGGGCUUCUUCCACGGAGUGAGAGAGAUCGUCAGGUCACAAGGACUAAGAGGGACAUAUCAGGGUUUGACCGCGACGGUCCUCAAACAAGGCUCCAACCAGGCUAUUCGCUUCUUUGUAAUGACGUCUUUAAAGAACUGGUACAAAGGUGAUGACCAAAACAAAACUAUUAAUCCCAUCAUUACUGGAGUGUUCGGGGCAACAGCCGGGGCAGCCAGUGUAUUUGGAAACACGCCCUUAGACGUCAUCAAGACAAGGAUGCAGGGUCUGGAAGCUCAUAAAUAUAAAAGCACGCUGGACUGCGCUUUGAAGAUCCUCAAACAUGAAGGCCUGGCAGCCUUUUACAAAGGGACCAUUCCCCGGCUCGGCCGUGUGUGUCUGGAUGUAGCCAUUGUUUUCAUCAUCUAUGAGGAGGUUGUGAAGGCCCUGAACACUGUCUGGAAGACGGACUGAGCCGCUGGUUGUGCAGGAAUGCUGGCACAGAUCUAGGUUUUCCAGAUCUCCUCUGUAUCAUUAAACCAGCUGUGAACAGAUUGGGGUGAAUAGCUGAACGUAGAUCUGUGUUAUGUGCAGACCUCUAAGUCAUUUACAGAAAAUCAGAGGCUCCGAAGUAAAGAAAAGCCAGAAUGGAUGCUUACAUCUGAACAGCUGGAGGUGAAGCAGAGCUCUUAUACUUCACACCGAGACUCCUUCCUCACAAAGUAAAGAAAAAUGGUCUUUUAUAGUUUAGAAAGAUUACAAAAUUAGUUAAAUCACUGUGAAAAAGCCGUGUUUUUGGCAUUAAGAUUUAUUUUUAACAUCUUUGUUAAUGCAUUUGCUUCAUUUUCAUCAUAAUGAAAUUACAAUCUGUCCAUCUAAAUCUAUUUUAAUGAUGUUUAUGACAAUAAUUCAGUUAUUUACACUUAUUUUACACUUAGAGUAUGCCAAUUAUUUUUAUACAGUGUAACAUAAAAUAUGUUUUUAAAAGUAUCUCUCCAUAAUAUAAUGUAUAUUAAAUCUGUGCCAAAAAUCAAAUGGUUUAUUCACAGUAAAAAAAAUAUGACUCAAAUAAUUUCAGAUAAAAUAUCAAAGUUGAUCUUUUUAUUUGAAUAUUAAAACAUAUUUAUAAAGAGCUGAAUGUUGAAUUUAAUCAAGACCAUUUGCUGUUAAAGGUGCCACAUGUAUUAAAUAUGUCAUGCAUUUCUGUUAUUAAAUGCUGUUAAGAUGUUUAUGAGAUUAUUUUACCUGUUGGGUUUCACUGUGAAUUACCUGAAUCAUCCCAAUCCAGUCAUUUUCUAAAAUAAUUGUAAUACCUGCAGUAGUUACAGCUCCCUAAACCAUCCGAAUUAUGGCAACCCAGGAAAAAAUGUGAAGAAAAUCAUCAAAUGACUUAUCUUUUGUCUCACAAUAUGUGAAUAAAUAAUCUCAUAUCACUUUUUUUAAAUAAUGCAACCCUUCAUUAAAUUGAAACUGAAGUGUUUAUUUGAUUUAUGUUUUACUUUUAAAAUCUGAUUAAUAAAACGUUCUAGUUUGGAAUUAUUAUUUAUAUUUCCCUGGGGUGUAAAUGUAGUGACAGAGACCCAUUUUUCUUAGUUACUCUUGAAAAUUGGAAAAACAAUAGAACAUUCCACUAGAUUAACCAGUAAGAUUAAGAAUCAAGCAAUAAUUAUUACUUUUUAGAUUAUUUAUUAAUAUAUUUAAAAAAAAACUGUGACAGAGAGUGCUGGGUGAACACCUUUCUGUUUCUGAGGCUUUUUGUCAACAUUUUUACUGAGGGUGACAAUAAUAGUUAUUUCCUUACAGUUUCAAACAGAUAUUAACUCUGUUUCUUUUAAUUAAACAUUUAUUUAACCAGAUUAAAGCCCAUUUAGAUCAAGACCUCUUUCAAGUCAUAAAAGACAAGACAAGCAAACAAAAAUAACAAAAAUAAAAAUUAGAAACGUAUAAAAUGCAAACAGUUGGACAAUUAAAUAUAAAAUAAGCUCCAUACAUCAGUGCCAUAAGAUAACCAUCUUCCUUGGAAACGUCCACUUGCAGUCUCACCUCUUUACUUUUCUUAGACGUUUGUAAAACUAAGCAGAAGAAUCACAAGAGAUUGUUUUGUUUGCUUUGAGGAAAAGUUUGAUUCAUUUAAACCCUGAGCAGUUCACUUUUAAUGCAUUCAGGUUCUUCUCACUCAUGUGCCUUUAUGCUGCUGUGUUUGAUGGUGAAAGCUUUGUCUGAGGUAUCCAUCGGUGUUUACAUGUUUAACUUGGUCUUAAAGCUGAGGUGUAUGUGGUUUGCUUUACUUGUGAUGUGCAAACAGUCCUAACUGGUGUAACUGUAAUGAUCGUAGUAAAAUUGAAGCCUAAUUUCAUUAUUUAUGAAAGUAAAUCUUUAUUUUCCUGCUUUUCCUGACAAAGCGGUUGUAUUCUGCGUGGCCAAAUGUUUAAAACAAAACGUGAUUCUGAGACUAUAUCAGUGUGUACCAGAAGUGUCUAGGUGUGUUUAGGCUGUGAGGGUGACUAAAAUGAUGUUUGUGCAAUAAAUGCCCACUUUUUUGUCAGUA